AAGUAGUUUGCAUGUCACAGGUCGCGCACAUUGUUUGAGCGGUACAUGGUUGUGGUUCACGCUGUUGUGAAUGAAAUUGCGUUUUCAAAUGCGAUUUCCAGCGUAAAGUCACAACGAUUAAUCGAGGGAAAGCGACGUUAUUGUUUGAGCGAUACAAUAUAUAAGCGCAAUCUUUUCUGAGGUUCUUAGACCACAACAGCGAUGGCUGGAAUUCUAUUUGAGGACAUCUUUGAUGUUAAAGACAUCGAUCCAGAUGGAAAGAAGUUUGACAGAGUGUCUCGUCUACACUGUGAAAGUGAAUCUUUCAAGAUGGACCUCAUCUUGGAUGUGAACACUCAGAUCUAUCCUGUUGAGCUUGGUGAUAAGUUCAGACUGGUCAUUGCCAGUACAUUAUAUGAAGAUGGAACUCCAGAUGAUGGAGAGUAUAAUCCUCAGGAUGACCGGCCGUCUAGAGCAGACCAGUUUGAUUAUGUGAUGUACGGGAAGGUGUACAAGAUUGAAGGUGAUGAGACCUCAACAGAAGCAGCAACACGACUCUCUGCAUAUGUAUCUUAUGGUGGCCUUCUCAUGAGGCUACAGGGAGAUGCCAACAACCUUCAUGGCUUUGAGGUGGACGCUAGGGUUUACCUGCUCAUGAAGAAACUGGCCUUCUAAAACCCAACUCUGCUUUUCCACUUAUACUCACUCUUCCACUGCCAUAGUUGACCUUCAUACUGGGCUGCGGACAUGAUAAGUCUGGAGCACAUCACCAGUGGCAGCUCACUGACAAAACACAUGAAGACUAUAGAAAACAAAGUUGGUGUUCUUUUUUUCUUAUAGUUAUACAAUGUUUCCUCAAAGGAAAUGGACCACAGGUUGGGACACUGAAAAAGGACUGCAACCUCCAUCUGCUCGCAAAAUGUAAAUAAAGAUUUCUUUUAAUACAAAAUUUAA